UCAGAAAGGGUCAAACGAUACUAAGAAAAGGUUAAAAGACAAAAAGUGUUUCUUGUACGAUGGAAUUAUUGAGACAUCAGGAUGGCUUUAUAGUGUCUCGUAUCAACUUAGCCUGGAUGUGAUGAGAAAGGGCGUGAGAGUGAGACUGAAGUCCGUGAGGGGGAUUAUAGAGGGAAAAGAUUUAAAGCAGGAAAGAUGGGAGGGAGCGAGCAGAACAUGACUGAGAAAGAAGGAGACACGGAGGAGUCCGUCCUCACCGAGCGUGCCAGCAAGAAGCAAGCGAGCACAAUUUUGCAUUUUUGGACAUUUGGGUGGGAGUACAUUUUCAGCUGGAAGACCCUCAUCGAGAAUGUGAGGCAAGAGCGUGUAGCACAAGAAUCCUCCCCGAACGCAGGCAACGGGAGACCAACGGGAAAAGGAAACUGAUGGACAGACCGAUCGCACAAAUUGGAGGGGGGAAAAAAAAACAACCCGGCAGGGGAUUGGACGAAAAAGAGAAGCGCUCCAAAGCGUAGAUGCCAAGAAAAGCUCAAAGACGGCCAAGUCCUCGAGUAACUAACAAGUGCUCUGCACGAGCCGGCGGGGAAGAUGUCCAAGACCUCCGCCCGUUCGGGUCGACCCGGAUCAUCGGCGGGGUCCCACCCCCCCGACUUGAAAAAGGACCUCCAAGGGAACCGCUCGUGCAUGCUGCGCAUCGGAGAGAGGCUGAUGAGAGCGGGCAGCGAAGGAAACUUGGUCCCGAGACCCUGCCAGAGCCAGAACCAGAACCCGAGCCGGACUUCUGCCUCGGGACGAGAAGCCGACGGAGCGACAAAAGCGGACGGGGAGGACAAAGCCGCUGAGCACGCGGACACGUCCCGCCGUGAAGGGCCCUCGCCAUCAAUCGCCCCAUCCUCUUGCAGAAAAACCGAGCAUCGGCUCCCCAAGAAAGAUCACGCGACUGCCAACCUUCUGUGCAACUCUGAUGGGAUGCCGCACUCUGCGAGCACCUUACCCCGAAGCCGCGGCGCCGCCGGGACGGACGGCGACCCCCCGCAGGGCCUCCGAACGCAACGCUCCCAAGCGGAGAGAAAUAAGGAGGCCUUCCUGGAUCAUCUGAGACGGAAGUAUCCGCACCACGCCGCCAUCGUCCUGGGACAGCAGGAACCCGCCAAAGACUCGUUGGGGAGCCCUCGACCCCCCGACAGCGCCCUCUGUGAAGAAGGGGCGGUGGCGGCGGGCAAAAUGUCUGACGGAGAGUUGCUGCUGACGGUUCCUUUCGCGAGGGGCACAAAGGCCCGAUCAAGUCUACCAAUCGGACGGUCCAGCAGUCAGGCAGGAGAGUCCGUCGGUGUGCUCUACCUUCAGUAUGGAGACCAGACAAAGCAGAUUGGCAUGCCUGCGGAGAUCAGCAGCGAAGAGACCCUGCGGGCUCUCUUUGUCGCCGCUUUUCCACAGCAGCUCACCAUGAAGAAGCUUCAGUCUCCCAAUAUGGCCAUUUACAUCAAAGACACACGUCGCAACGUUUACUUUGACCUGGAGGACAUCAGAAAUAUUACAAGCCACUCCUGUCUGAAGGUUUAUCACAAAGAUCCAUCGCAUGUGUUCAACCACCCCACCGGGGCGACCAACGCAGAAGGAAGGAUCUCCAAAGAAGUCCUCUACGGUAGCCACAGUCCAGUCCACAGACUAUCGUCGUCCAGUCGCGGCCCCCUCCACGGCUUGCAAGGCUCCAUGUCCCCACCCACGGUGCGCUCCAUGCCCUCCUCUCCAUCCAGGGUGGCCUACGGCGGGCGGCGCUCGCAAGGCUCGCUGGCACGGACGGAUGCGGGCAACGCCGACCGGCUAACAUGCGCAGGACGUUCCAGCAGUUUGUGCACCAGCAGUAGCGCCAUACUAGAGAGGAGAGAUGUCAAGCCUGAUGAAGACGGCGGCAGCUGCCAGAGCGUGGCCCUGGUGGUCCACGGGGAGGGAGGAGCACGCCACCCGGACAUCUACCGCUGCGCCUCACUGCAGGACGGAGGGAGGAGCGCCUUUGCCUCCUCCCGGUGUAGCGGUUCCCUGUCCCGUGCCUCCGAGAUGGGAGACGGUGGAGUGGGCGUGAUUCCCGGGGGCUUGCCGCAGUUCCGUGCCUCCAUCAAGCCUCUGAUGGGCUACGGGGACAUCAUGGAGCGCCAUGCGCAAUCCCCGCACAGGUUACAUGAAGUUGGAAUGAAUGAGGGACAGAUCAUCGGUGGCGUGGGCCUGAUCUCACCUGAGCGGAUGUCCCCGAUCCGGCGAUCCUUGCGGCGGGAAAGUAGUGGAGCGAGCGUGGAGAUGGUCAACAGAAGCAGAGGGAGCGCCUCGUCAUCUUCCACUUCGUCUGUGUUUUUGGACAGCCCCCUGAGACACCCAGAAAUGCUGAUUCCGGGUCCCAGGACUGCCUUUGAUGCUCAGAGUGAGAGAUUGAAAGCCAUGGAGGAGCAAAUCGCCAGUCUAGCAGAGCUGGUCCACCACGCCUUGUCUGUGGGAGGAAAUAAUCCAAGAGACAAAGACCUGAUCAGUGGCAGCGUCGGAAAAAGUCACCAAGUUCCGUCGGAGGUGCCAAGUGCGGCGGACGAAUUGAUCGGGUCUGCCUCCAGAACUCUUCAGGCCCCGACCGCUGAAAGUGGCCUGCAGCGGCGCUUGGUCCAAGUCAAGAGCAGUGUGUCGGAACUGCGGCUGCAAUUAAAUCAACUCAGACAUUUACAGAUGGCACACCAGCAAACCAUGAAGUCUAUGUUGCGCAUGGCUGGUCAGGAGUUGCUGCUUUUGCUGAGCGAUCGCCCAGUUUCGUCUGAGGAGGGGCCACGCGGACGAAGAGCCGAGAUAGACGAGGAGAGGAUUGACUACCUGGAUGCUGAAGAGAAAAUACUCAGACAGCUCAGUGACCUGGAGGCCUACGUGAGCCGUUUGCAAGGCACCCCCGUGUCUCUCUCGGGCCAGUUGCCGAUCACGCUGAGUGAUGUGGAAGAGGGAGCGGUGAACCUGCGCAGAGUUGGAGAGACUCUGGCCGUCCUGAAAGGGGACUUUCCAGAACUGCAGGCAAAGAUGCGCUACGUGCUCAGGCUGGAGAUGGAUGCAGUUCGCUUUCUGAAGGAAGAGCCUCAUAAAAUGGAUAGCAUGUUAAAAAGAGUCAAAGCCCUCACCGAAGCGCUCGGCUCCCUCCGCAGAUGUGUCUCCGAAUCGAGUUCCCCGACCAAAGGCGCCCAGGUGGAAUCUCCCAAAGUCUCCGAAGCGGACCGAGGUGCCCCGUUGACCCGGAAUCCUUGGUCCUCGCCGCAACCGCAGCCUCGAUCCUCAGUCGGAGGUCCUCAGUCCGUUCCGUCGUCUGCUUUCGCUCAGCCCGAGCUCAGCGACGCAGCCUCGGCUUCGCCGGCCGCAGAGCGGAGAGUUAAGACGACUCAAGCCGCCGGGAUCCAGACCCACCGGCGCAGUUCGAGCGUUCCAGAAGGAACUCGGUGGACUCACGCGGCAAGCCAAGUCCAAAGCUCUGGGAAACCCACGGCCAAGCCUCUUGAGAAUACCCAAGGAGAAUCUCGGGAAGGACGUCGGAGUCCAGACGCCAGCAGUGAAGCCCGGGCCAAUCCGACGGACUCCGUUCCUCAUCCGGAUGGGUCGGACCCUAACGCGGCUCACUCGGAUUUGGCUUCCGGAGACAUCCGUCCCCGUCCUCGCAAGCCAGACGCGGAGCCGCCUGCGGACCCGUUGCCAGCGCGACCGGAACCGCCGCCACCCGCUUCUCAGUUGGCCAAGCGUCCACCGAUGGAAAAACCUCGACGCGCCAGUGUGGAAAAGAAACAAAGUCCCGAUCGGAGUGGCCAGUCCUCUCCGGCGCUCCCGAGGAGGUGUCACGCGGCGACCGUCGGCCUCACCGCCGCUGCCAGGACUGGAGAGCCGGUCUCCACCAGCAGCAAGGGUGAGAAAGAGGCGAGUGGUAUUCCUCAAGCCAAACCCCCGAGACGACCGCCGGAGGUCAAAGCCAAAGCUUUGGGCACCACUCCAGCGACUGCCUCCGAAAAUGCGGACGAGGAGAAAGAAGACAAUGACACCUUUCCGAAAGAACCGCCGACCUCCGGUGCUUGUACGCGGCGAACUCACAGCGGGUUCCGUCACUCUUCCGGCUCACCUGAAAAGACCACCAAAGGGCAGCGAGAGGCUUCCCCCGAACGAGCGCGCCAGGCUGACAAGAGCGGCACAAAAGCAGCCGGGGAGAGUACGCGUUCAGUCGUUGCUUUGCGCCCCUCUCAGACGCAGGCCGCCUUGCGCCAUCUUAAGUCGGGGCGACAGCCUCGCUCGUGCGCCUCUUUGUCCACUCCUCGCUGCUCAGACGGCCUCCACAGCGUCUCCCCCUCGCUUCUUUGGUCUUCUCCUUCCAAAAGCUCCGCGAACGCCUCCGCUUUGUCCGUUCCGUCCUGCACUGGAGAAUCCGGGCGGGCGCGGCCCCGCCCUCCUCCUUCCUGCCGCUCCUCGGGGCGGAAAAACUCGUCCGGCUCCCCGCAUUGUUCCUCCUGGUUGCCCCGCGCUCUGCCUCCUCACAAGUCUCUCAUCCCUUCUCUGAAUCUGAGUCGUCUGCUCCCCUCGUCUAGCAAAGUCUGGUCAGCGUCCCUCGCUAGCGGCAACCCGAGCCUCGCCCGAAGAGGCUCGGGCAGCGGGGGCAUCCCGCUCGCCGGCGCCGCCGCGGCUCAGCUCACUUGUUCCUCCUCGUCGUCAUCGUCAUCCUCUUCCGCCACCUCGGUUUCGCCCGCCUCCUCGUCACCGUCUGCGCUCUCUCCGUCCUCGUCCUUCCACCACCCGAGCUCCGGGCCCCGCCCCGCCGCUCCCGCUCGGCGCAAGAAAGGCAGCCGCACCCAAAGGACACAAGGUGACGCUGGGCAGGGGAAAGACGAGCGCAAGCUCCCGAGCUUUCCUCUCCCGCAACCGUGACGCUCUUCUCCUCCGCGCCGGGAAAGCUCCGGAUCUUCCCUUCCAACAACUUGUCCCUUCCUCUCGCAUCAAGUCGGAUGGGUCGCCGCCACCUUUUGUUUUGGUUUCCGCGCUGACACGCGCCAAUCAUUUGAGCAGGUUACAAGUAGGUCUCGUCUCCGAGCGGAGCGAGUACUGCUCCAGUCCCAGAUCUGUUCUCGCUGUUCCCUUUGUAUACUUGGCGUGUGGCUGGUGUCGACCUGCCUCGGUCUCCUUUUUGUUUUUUUGUUUUUUUUGGGGGGGGUUGGGAGUACUCUCGAAUAUCUAAUCUCUUAUAUAUUAGCUGUUGUUGUGCUCACUCAUUUGUCGGCUUGUUGUGACUUGAACUUGUUUUGAGUAAUGUCAAACCCACCAUGCUGAAAGGACGAAAUGUAAUUCGGGGGACUCGCUGAUUAUCGGAAGGAAGUGGGCGGCAGGCGAAAAUGUGCAUGCUAAUUUUGAAUCGGCACGGUAACUAUUUUAUGAUUUCUGUGAUGAUUUUUAUUUUUUUCAUUGAACCAUUGAAUAAAAUGGCUUUUGGAUGUUGCUGUCGA